GGACGCCCUAUAACAAGUAACGGAGUCUUGGGUCUUUGGAGGAGAUCAUUGCUCGGUCAUUGUUCUGUUCAAUAACUUCAAUAAGUGUACCGAUAACUAAUUUGAUAAAAAAAUAUGUAAGGAAAUAACUUAGGCAUUAAGCAGUGUGGUAAGAAGGGUUUGUAGAUUGUGAAGGAUGAGUUAGUAACAGUAAUAUUGGGAUCAGAGCGUGGUUGCGGAGGAGAAGAAAAAGGAGCGUGAGAAUAAGGGGGUUGGAUUGGAAAGUAUUAUAUUUUCCCUGCAGAGACACUAAAACCUCGUGAUCGGAAAAGGCAGAUCCAUGGAAGACUGUUCCCGGUCGUCACGUGGGCUCUUUUGACUACCCAUUAACCAAUGACCCAAACUAAACAACAUCCCCACCGUCUCUCUUUCUCUUUCGCUUCCACCUCACCCUUUCCUACACUGCUAUUCUACGUCCUAUGCUGUGCUAUGCUAUAAAUCCAAACUACUUCACCCCAAUUAUUGCAUCACCUCACAAACAUUGCCACACUUCCUUCCUCCUUCUCUCUCUCUCUCUCUCCCUCUCUGCGAACAUCUUUAUAAUUUACAAUUAUUAUUAUAUCCUUUAGGAUCUCUCUCAUCAAACUCAAAACCCCCAACUUUACAUAUCAUAUUCCUAUAUUAAGGACAACGUGGAUUGCACCUGCUGACUACUGCUAUUUACAUUUCUUAUACCCGCUUCUCAUUUCUCACCAUUAACCUCUUCUUAUACCAUUUUCCGUCUUCUUUCUUUCUCUCCCUAUCAAUUCCCUCAAGUCCUUUCCUUUCCCAAUUCCAGUGUCUCCCAGGGGCACGUCAUGGGACCCUGUACAUGUGGCAUCUCCCACGGCCAAACCACCUCCUUCUCAAUGCCCUUCUCGGGGCCAAACCACAAACCACCCUACCAAGAUUCCGACAUUUACGAUUAUUCCUUCACCUCCGCCUCUUCUUCUUCCUCUUCCGUCGACUGCACCCUUUCCCUCGGUACCCCAUCCACCCGUUUCUCCCAAGACGACCAAAAACCUACUCGCCACCAACGUAGAUCCGUUUCUAACUUCUGUUGGGACUUACUACAAUCCAAACACAACCCUCAAUCCCAAACCAAAUCCUCCAGAACCUCCAAUACCACCUCAAACACCGACCCUCUCAUCGCUCGCCGCUGCGCCAAUUGUGACACCACCUCAACUCCCCUUUGGAGAAAUGGCCCCCGAGGCCCCAAGUCGCUGUGCAAUGCGUGUGGGAUUAGAUUCAAGAAGGAGGAAAGAAGGGCGAGUGCCGCGGCCGCACCGCCGCAGCAGGCUUCUGGCGGCAUGAUGGAAUCGGCGCAAGUGUACAACAACUCGUGGUACGCACACCCGCAGAGUCAGAAGAUGCAGUGUUUCUCGCAGGGGAUGGGGAGCGAGUUCCGUUUCGCGGAUGACGGCGAUCGAGACGCCGAUAGCGGCAUUCCGUUUCUCUCCUGGAGACUCAACGUGGCAGACAGAACGAGCCUCGUCCACGACUUCACAAGAUGAACGUUGAAAACAAAAAAAUUAAUAGCAUAUUAUAAUGAUAAUAAUAAUAUAAUAAUAGUAACACAAGAUAUUACAAAAGGAGGUAGCUAGCUAGCGUGGUUACCUGGAUACGGUCAAGACCAAUCAAACACACAGGCAGUUAUACGUCAACGUUUUACGAUGAUGUUUUUGAUUGCGAUGGUUAUGAUGGUCUCGAAUCGUGGAUAUUAUGUUUCUUUUCACCUUUUCCGUUUUGUUUGCUUCCUUUUCUCGCCUUGGUGUGAGAAUGAGAUAAUUCUAUAUUCUUAUUAGCUUGCU